UGUGUGGGGCUCUGGCCAAUCAUAGCAGAGCAGUUUUUAUGGUCCUAUUGUGUUAGUAGGUUUUCAUUCGCUGCUGGGUGGGCAGGGUGUCUUUUACGCACAAGGUUGAAUUGAAAUUGGCCAAAAGAGGAGAUUCCGUUCACAUUUGGAAGCCUGAGUCCCAUUAUUUACGAGUUGGAGUUGAAGAAGUACAUUUCUAUUGUUUAAGGUUAGAAUUCAAAAUAAAAGGGAAGCAAAAUGACAGCGUCAGUGGAGAAGUCCCAAAACUUUCGGAUUGACGCGCUCCUGGCGCAUGACUCGGAGAAGAAGACGGACAGGGGCAGAGGCUCUCCGGGGUUGUUUUACUGCAAAGCUGCUGAUAAGUCUCCUUCCUCUUCUCCAAACUCCUCUCCAGUCCGACCAGGGUUCCUGUCUGAAUCCCAUCUCCUCACCCUGCCGCAGUCGGGGCUCACAGCGCUGCACCAGGGUCUUUUCAGAAUGCACCCGGCGGGGUCCUUGCAUCCGCUGGUGACCCUCGGAGGUCAGCAUCCCGCCUUCAUGUAUCCCGGCUUCACGCAGCUGUUCCAGCCUUAUCCAGAGGAGAUGAAUGGGGGACCCACGGCCACAACAAUCCCCCUGGAGCCAUGGAUCAGAGCAGGGAUGGUGAUGCCCAGAGUCGGAGAACUUGGCAGUCAGACAGCUCUGCUGGGGAAGUGCCGGAGACCAAGGACAGCUUUCACUAGUCAGCAACUGCUGGAACUGGAAAACCAGUUCAAGCUCAACAAGUAUCUGUCAAGGCCAAAACGCUUUGAGGUGGCCACCUCUCUCAUGCUGACAGAAACUCAGGUGAAGAUCUGGUUCCAGAACCGUCGUAUGAAGUGGAAGAGAAGCUAUAAAACCAAGGAACAGGUGCCUGCAGCCUCCUUGAUGGAGGACAGUCUGGAUGCACAGAGAACCAAACAUCAUGGUGGCUCUGUCAGCUCCAGCCUGGAGGAUGAAGAUGACGUAGAAGGGGAGGAUGAGGGUGAAAAAGAAGAGAUGAAGGAAGACUCCUUGGAUUCUACUGGCUUUUUUGGGGUUUAGAGAUGGAAAAUCAAACUUCUUACUCAGAGAAAAAGUUUAGAGGAGGCUCCAAGAAAACAACAAGAUCAGUACUUUUAGUACUGGGAUUUUUAUUUAUUUUUGAAUUCCAAUUUGUUUUCUUUUGGAGUUCAAGUCCUGCCCCCUGAUGAAUGUGGAUAUUUAUGAGUAUGGCAUCAUAGAGAACACAAUAUUUAUAGAGGUGCCAAGUAUUAGUCCAACAUACUUACACAAGAUUUUAUGCUAGAAUAUCCAAUUUGGCUCAUUAGUGCCACAAACGUUUGAACCUAUAUAAUCUGACAUAAUCUGGUCAUUGCAGAAAGGACUGAUUUGUGUCAGAUAAGGGGCACUUCAGGGGGCCAAUCAGAUUUCAGCAAGGGCCAAUGCCCCUGUGGCCUCACCCCUAGAACCACCAAUUCCACAUGAGCAAUUGUCAAACUUCUGGGUGAUCCACUUUCCCCCAAAGUCACAACAAAUGCAUGUUCAGUUAUUAGCAACUCUAGAUGUUUUCCCCAGUAAUCUAGAUACAUUUGUUGUCUAUGUAUAAAUGCACAUAGGAACUCAUUUCUUUUUGCUGAAAGUUACGAAUGGAAAAGUAUGAACAAAAAUCGUGUGUAAACAUGAAAAUGACUGUAUAAUAAAGUAAUUAAAAAUGUUUUUAUACUAUUUCCGAGUGGAACAUGCCAGAUAUUUUAGGCCAAGUAAAAGUAGAAAAAAGUACCCAAUGUUGUAAUUAUUUAAACGUUUAAUUAUUCAAGUUUGUUCCAUAAUGUUUCAUGAUUUGCUUUGUUAUUUUAAUAAAUGUAUCAAAGCUGCACAUGCAAAUACAUGGCAACAAAUGUUGUACAGUAACAAACAGUCCUAGUAUUUUUUUAACUUUGUUGUUUAUGUAAUAGAAAAAAUCUAAUAUAUUUCUGUAUGAGUUUGAUACUUUAAUUUUUCGUAGACACAAGUGGUUUAAACAAUAAAGAUUUACUUUUAUGA